UUUCUAAAGAAUACUACUAAUUACUAUUUAACAUUAAGAAAGUUCAUUGUUAAUUAUUCAGUUCUGAAAAGAAAAUAGAAGAACAUGGCUGGUCUCAAGAUUACUUUCCUCAUCAUCGGCGCUUUCCUGUUGGCCGCACAGGUCAAUUCUAAAGCCGUCAAUGACGAAGGCCAAGUCGGAAAAAUCAAUUUCAAAGAAGAUAAUAUCAUAGAUCAAGUCGCAGAAAUCGUCAAUUUUCUCAAGUCGAAGACUAUUUUAGGACAAGAAUUAAUUGAACAUAUACUACUCAAAGCCGGAGACGUUAUCAAAGUAAUAACUUACAAUUACGAUGGUUUCCAAAAUAAAGUUGUUGACCAUGCCAGAAAUAAGACAACUCAAAGUCUCGAGCGAGUUAACAAAGUUUUAAACGAAGUCAAUAAACGGGACGAUUGUCUGUGUAAGAGACUAAAGUGUUUUCAAAAAACCACUACUAAAGAAAGACAAGUCAAUCAACUGAAUUCAACUACUCAACAAAAUGUAUACUUAUGUGGACUAAUAUCAUGUAAGACUAUCCAACAAAGACGUCCACGAAAAUCUGAAGAUACCGCAUUACUGUACGACAAGUCUUAUUCAUAUCAUGUCAAAAUUAAUAGGGACGCAGAUAUUUUGGAGAUACCUGUAUGUUAUAAGGCUUUUUUGUCCAUACAUGGCAUUACUAAAAAGAAAAUGGAGUACCUACAGAAAUCUUUGAAAGCAACAGGUACUUAUCCUACCGAAUUAAGAGAAAGUAGUGCUGAAGUACAAAAAUAUAUCGGCUGUGUCACCAGUCAAGAAUCAGACGUUGCAGAUAUUGCCGCUAAUUUAGUUUUGAAUUUUACUACAUGCACUAAAAAUGCACUUUCCCUCUUGGCAAUUGAUUUAACUCCAUUGGUCAAAGUACUCUCCAGUACUUCCAAGAAAAUGAAAGCUAUUGCUGACGAUCUGGACAAUUCAUGUCCUGGAACUUCUGUUUUUACUCUUGCUUGCCUUGGUCAGAAACUCUAUGAAAUAUUUAGUGUAUUUAACAAAGAUCUUCCACUUAUUGUUGUCCGUUCUACUUCCGUUCUCAUCGUCGACCUGCCUUUCCUCCAGAACUCCGCUGCCAAAUGCAUGAAAAGUUCUGUUCCCGAUGUGUUGGCCGAAUUUGGAAAAGUGGUCAACUCAAUUGCUUCCUGCAAUAAGUGAUAUUUUUAUUAAUGUAGUGUUU